AGUUCAUGUAGCUCAUCUCAUGGACACUGGUAACAUCAGCUGAUGGGAAUAGUUAGUAGAUAGAUGGGAAGUGGAAGAUGCAGAAGAGUAGUGAUCAACAUAAAAACACAUCUGGAAUAAAAUAUUCUCUGUAAACCAACAGAGAGUGAAUGUUUUUGAAUACUGUCAUGCAUGUUCAGAGAGAGUGUAUGAGAUUUAAAAGUGUUUACCAUCUUUCAACAGAGAGACCAAAAGCUACAGUGAAAGUCCAGCCAGCUGAUCAUGUGUUCAUCAGAGAGAGAGUCACUCUGACAUGUGAAAUAGAAAGUGGAGAUUACUGGAAUUAUGAAUGGUAUAAGAAUAAUAAUCUUCUCAGAGAUGCUCAAAGAAAGGAAUAUGAAAUCUCUAAUGUUGAUCAGUCUCAUGCAGGUGUUUAUACCUGUAAGGGAACACAGUCAACAGGCCGAAUAUACACACACACCAGUGAAGCUGUUACACUGACUGUAUCAGAGAGACCAAAAGCUACAGUGAAAGUCCAGCCAGCUGAUCAUGUGUUCAUCAGAGAGAGAGUCACUCUGACAUGUGAAAUAGAAAGUGGAGAUGACUGGAAUUAUGAAUGGUAUAAGAAUAAUAAUCUUCUCAGAGAUGCUCAAAGGAAGGAAUAUGAAAUCUCUAAUGUUGAUCAGUCUCAUGCAGGUGUUUAUACCUGUAAGGGAACACAGUCAACAGGCCGAAUAUACACACACACCAGUGAAGCUGUUACACUGACUGUAUCAGUAAAAGUCAGACCUACAAUCACCUCAAACCAUGAUGGACCUGUACUGACAGGAAACACAGUGACUCUGUACUGUAACCUCCCUCAGUCUGCUGGAUGGACGUUUUACUGGUCCAAACACACACAGAACUCUGAGAAGGAGACCAUCACCAACGUCUACACCAUCAGCUCAGUUAGUCUCUCUGAUGGAGGUCAGUACUGGUGCAGAGCUGGCAGAGGAAACCCAGUCUACUACACACACCACAGUGCUGCACUCUGGGUAAACGUUACUGACAGCACCAAAGCCAUGGUGUCCAUAAAGCCUGAUAAACAGGUGUUUAAAGGAGAGGCGGUCACUCUGAGAUGUGACACACAGGCAGGAGGAGACACUAGGUGGACUUACAGCUGGUAUAAAGACGACCGUUUGUCCUCAAACAGAAGAACACAGGAGUUCACAAUCAGCCCUGUUACAGAGUCUAACGGUGGUAAAUACACCUGCAGAGGAGAAAGAAAACAUGACUCUCAGAGCUCAGAGAUCAGUGAUGCUGUUACACUGACUGUGUCUGAUGUAGCUCAGGCAGUAUUGAGUGUGUCUCCACAGAGCUGGCUGACUGAAGGAGACUCAGUGACCUUAAGCUGUGAGGUUACAGGCUCCUCUACAGGCUGGACAUUCAGCUGGUACAGAGCUGUUCUCUACAGACAAGGCUUACAACAAAUAAGAGACGUUCAUGGCAAUGUUCUGUAUCAUGUAGAGCUCCUGUCAGACAGCAGAAGAGGAGCUGGAGGCUCCUACACUCUCAGUCCUGCUGCUCUAAAUCACACGGGAGUUUAUGUGUGCAGAGCAGAGAGAGGAGAACCAGCCUAUCAGACACAGUACAGCACUCCACAGACACUAUGGAUCACUGGUUCAUCUCCUCCAGCCUCUCUGAUCAUCAGUCCCAGCAGAACUCAACAUUUUAGUGCUGGCUCUCUCUCACUGAGCUGUGAGGGACAGAGUGACUCUACUGGAUGGAGAGUGAGGCGAUACACACACAGUGGGGAGGUGUCAGAUUGUUCAUCAGUUACAGGAUCUACAUGCAACAUCAGCUCCCUCUACACAUCCCUCACUGGAGUUUACUGGUGUCAGUCUGAAUCUGGAGGAGGAAGUGAUCCUCUCAACAUCACAGUGCACAAUGGUGAUGUGAUUCUGGACAGUCCUGUCCAUCCUGUGUCUGAGGGAGAUUCUCUGACUCUCCGCUGUUUAUGUCGCUCCACAAAGCCCUCAAACCUCACAGCUGAUUUCUAUAAAGAUGGAUCACUGCUCCAGACCCAGACUACAGGAGAGAUGAUCAUCCGUACUGUCUCAAAGUCAGAUGAAGGUCUCUACCACUGUAAACACCCAGAGAAAGGAGAGUCACCAAAGAGCUGGCUCUCAGUCAGAGCUUCAGGUUCUGGAUCUGAUGGUGUAACAGUAGGAGUGGCAGUGGGACUGAGUUUAACCUUGUUCCUCAUUAUCAUACUGGGCCUGAUUUGCUGUUACAAGAAGAACAAAGAUGAUUCUGCAGCUCAGCCCAGUGAUGUAACUUACGCUGAGAUUGAGACUACAAACAACUACAAAGGAAUCUAUGAACCAGUGAGGAGACCAAAUGAUGUGACUUAUUACCAAAUUAAGAUGGAAAAUUUGAAACACCACAGAGAAGGUCUAUGAAGAAAACUCCUGCUGUUGUUUCAGUACAGAAAAGUAACCAUUUACAGAAACUCCUGGUUGGGGUUUUAAGGAGUGCAGACAGAAGAGGAUCUGAACACAUUUAGACUGUCAGAAUUAUAUUUAAUAUCUGUAUAUCUUUCAAUAACAAACGCUCUGUUACUGUUUUAUACUGAUGAAGUGAACAGAGUCUCACUUUUUCUCAUUUGUGUAUUACUGUACUUUUCUAACACUGACUCUGAGUCAGUGUCUCUAGUGAGGAACUUUUAUUUGUGGUACAGUUGCAUCUCAUCUGUUUUUGAGUCGCUUAUAGCUCAGUUGUUUUGUAAGAUUGUUAUUUUGCAGGCUACAUUGUAAUCUUUUUUUAAUUAAAUGUGUAUACAGUGUGUAUAUUCAUAAUUACAGCUCUGUAGAAUCAGACUUUUAAACACAUACUAUGUUGAAAAUCAAAUUAAUCUUGAUCUUAGUGUCUUUUCUACAUGAUUUAAUAAACUCUAAAUUCUUAAUCAUGACCAACAUUAUAAACAGACUCAUCAGUCUCAUCUCAUCUCUCUUUUCCUCUGAGUUUAGUGAGUUAAAAGAGUUUAACACUCUCUGUUAUGAGUAAUAAUACACUGUACACGUACAGCAGCAUACAGAGCGUUUAUCAUAGCAAUGUUAAAUUUAAAGCAUAUUAGCAUUGACAGUCACACAGUAUCACUGUAAACAUACUAUGUGGCAGAUUUGAACAAUGGCAAUUUUUGUUGAUUUUUGUAUGAUAAUAUAUUUUUGAUCUCAUGAGUUUUGAUGCUUAAUGUAUUUUAAUUUUUUUUUCAUUUUAUAUAUUUUAUCAUAUCCUUAUGUCUAACCAAACUAAACCACAUUCAUAAACUGAUGGUGGUUGACUAAUUGCAGUGUGGUCAUUUGUUCUGAUAUUCUCAUUCUUAAUGUAUUCUAACCUGUUGAUCUUUUAUAAUGCAGCUAAAGUUACAUUUACAAUCAUGUUAUGUUUUAUGAAAUGAAAUAUUACUUUGUUUUCUUUAAGAAGCUUAAGAAAUAAAUCGGUGUAAUAGAAACUAUAUUUUUAUUCAUCUUUGCUGAUGUCUGGAAUUAACACAAAUAAAUAUUUUCUCUAAGCACCACAACACCUCUUAUGUCCUGUUCUUUAUUCAGAGACAGAUAUUAGCUUUGAUCAAUAACUAAUUUACCCAGGGUGAACUUCAGAAGAGGCCUGAUGAUUUCUGGGAACUGAAAAAUGUUAUGCUUGUUGUAUUUAAACUCUCAAACUAUGAGAGUAAUUCUCUUAUUUUAAUGUUAAGGUUUGCUCAGAAAAACCAGGUUAAAAUCUUAAAAUAGAAAAUUAGAUUUUGUUCUCCAUUGUGAAAGUUCUGUCUAAGCCCAGCUCACCACACAGCAUUUUACCAUCACUGCAUUAAACUAAACCCAGAACCAGACCACAAAAACCCAUAAUAGAUCACACAUAGCUUGAAAUGUACACAGAGGAACCUGUUAGUGGACCCUGGGGCUACUGAUGGUCAUGGACCCCAUAAGCCUGUUUAAAUUCCAUGAAAUCAGUGUCAUAACUCAGUUCCCUCCCAACUGAUGUGGACAAAUUACAGCAGAUUUAGUAAAUAUCAAACACCAGACAACAUAGCAUUGUAAAACCAAGACCUUUGUUUUUAAUGAAGGUGGUCACACCACCAUGAUAGUUCUCAGUUAUUCAUCACCUCACUAUUACUGCAUUAACAUAAACCACCAACCAGAGCACUAAAAGCCACAGUCAAUUAUAUGAGGCUUGAAAUUUACACCAAGAAUGCAGUGAAUCUAAAGUGUGAAUCAUCUAUUUUAACCUCAGCUAAUGUUACUAGCCUGGCAUGUAGUGUAUCGUUUGAUCUUCUUAUAACAUGAGGGGCAAAUGAUUCACUUGU